AUGGUGGCGCGUAGGAGAAAGCGUGAGGCGCGGGAGGCUGAAGAGAAGCUCCCGAGCCCUCCGGGCUACUCAGCCAUUCCCAUCAAGUUCUCGGAAAAACAGCAGGCUUGUCAUUACCUCUACGUGAAAGAGCACAGUGUCCGAGAAGGCACCAAGUCUACCUGGCCUCAGAAGCGGACCCUUUUUGUCCUCAAUGUGCCCCCAUACUGCACAGAGGAGUGUCUGUCUCGCCUCCUCUCCCCCUGUGGCGCCGUCCAGUCUGUGGAGUUGCAGGAGAAGCCAGACCUCGUAGAGAACCUGAAGGAGCCACCGUCCAAGUUUUUUCACCCCAAGCCUGUUCCGGGCUUCCGGGUGGCCUACGUGGUGUUUCAGAAACCAGGUGGAGUGCUGGCUGCCUCGACCCUGAAGGGCCCUUUGCUGGUCUCGACAGAGAGUCACCGUGUAAAAACCGGCAUUCACAAGUGGAUCAGUGAGUACACUGAUUCAGUGCUGGACCCCGAGGCCCUGAGGGCUGAAGUGGACACGUUCAUGGAGGCGUAUGACAAGAAAAUAGCUGAGGAGGUGGCGAAGGCCGAGGAGGAGGAGGGGGUCCCUGACGAGGAAGGCUGGGUGAAAGUGACCCGCCGUGGCCGGCGGCCUGUGUUGCCCCGGACGGAGGCCGCCAGUCUGCGCGUGCUGGAGAAGGAGAAGCGGAAGCGCGCCCGCAAAGAGCUGCUCAACUUCUACGCCUGGCAGCACCGCGAGACGAAAAUGGAGCAUCUGGCACAGUUGCGCAAGAAGUUUGAGGAAGACAAGCAACGCAUUGAGCUGCUGCGGGCCCAACGCAAAUUCCGUCCCUACUGA